AUUGAUAAAUGUUAAAUGUAUAGAAUGUGUACAACGCCGAUUUAUCAAUGUGAAAAUGAAUAUCAUCUUUUAACUGAUUCGGAUAUACCGGACGCUUUUAUGUACAUUUGUGUAUGACGUUUCCAAACCAUAAGAAAAUUGCGAACAUUUUGAAAGAUCGACAAAAAUAUAUAUAUUCUGUAAUACAAAGCUUUUUUGUAUUAUUUUUGGUAUAAUUAAUGUUAAAGCCUCGUAUAAAUAGAAUCAUGUAUGCGCUUAAAACCUUUGUCAAUACAGUCCUUUCGACCAAUCAAAUCAAGUUUUAUUUGGACAAGUAAAGCAACGUUUUACAGUGCAUGUUCAAUUAAUUUACCUUUUGGAACGUGGUGUUUUAACACGCACUAUUUUGGGAGUUGAAAUAUCAGUGCGAUGAGCUAUCACAUUGUUCCAAAACGUUUGUUGGAUAUUGAGCGUGAGAGGAUCAGUCACCACUAACAAAACUUGUCUUCAUUCAAACUUGUCGUCAAUUAACACACACGUUAUGUGACGGUACAGUGCGAGCCGGAGGAAAAAACCCGCCGCUGAUUCGAGUGGAUGUACGAGAUGCUAAUAAAAAGUGAGAGCUGUAAUUGUGUCAUAAGGAUGUUAUACAUAUUUCAAGUCGUGCCUGUCGACUCAACAACACACAUUCCAUACCUAUCAUGGCGAGGCUAGUGGACGUCUUAACUGAAAAGGAAAGGACGAACUGGCUUAAAGCAUGGCUAGCAAUAGGCAUUGCAAAGGAAGGGUUAGAACAUUUCGUAGACAAUGAGAUUCAAACUAUCCACAACCGCAUAUACAACACCGUCCUGUCCAGUCGUCCGUCGCAAACAAGUCCAUGCACUAAAUGUGACACGGCAAACUUGUUAAAAUGUCCUACGCCAGGAAUGUGCAAUAAAAAAGGUGGACAAUCUGUGUGUGCAUCAAUGCACGACACUCCAUUAAAACAAUACCGGCCAUGCCCACUUAAAAUAUGCGAUAAAGUUCGUGAUGAAAUUACAAAGGAACAUAGAUUUAAACAUGGGUCGUGGAAGAACACUUCAGCAAACAAAUGGUAUUCAGACCCAUGGGAAAUAGCCAAAUGCUUCUUACCGCCAGACGGCUAUAAAGGAACGAGUUCUGUCAAGGAUACAGAUUUCAACGGGGUCGUCAGCAUUUUGUUGAAUUGCAAACACUUUGAGAGCAAGUUCUCAUUUCAAAUAUCAACAACACAAGCACGCUCUGCCUGUCUUCUAUCAAGGGCUCGUGAUUUUGGGAGAAACGUUCGUCAUUCUUCUCAAUUUAAAGUGACAGACUUUGACCUCCGGAACCUCUUCACAACACUGGAAAUGCUUUUUAAAGAUCUUGCGCAUGAAGUCCAGGUACAAGAUGCCGUGACUAAACUACAAGAGUUGCAGAACGACACGUUGAUAUCAACAUCGGACAUAAUAACUUUACUAGACGAUGCUAACGAAACCCUGAAGAAAGUUAAAGAAGUCAACUCAAAUUCCAUUAAUGAGAUGCGCUCAUUAAUUGCAGACCAACUGAAGAAAGUUAAAGAAUUUAACUCUAAUUCCAUUAAUGAGAUGCGCUCAGUAAUUGCAGACCAAACCGAGAGAGUCAAACAUGAUAUCCACGAACACGCAGAAAAAUGUAGAGUUGCAUUUGACGAACAUGUGAAAAAAACAACAGACCUGAACAAUAAAGAAUCAAAAUGCCAAGGUCAACCAUUCAUAAUCAGACUUGAGGAUGUCUUCACUGACAAGGAAAUGAAUAACUGGCUAAAGUCCUGGCUGGCAAUAGGCAUUGCAAAGUCUGGAUUAGAUAAUUUCGUAGAUAAAGAGGCUCAAAGUGUUCACUCCCGCAUUUACAACACCGUCUAUUCCAAUCUUCCGUCGUCAACAGGUCCAUGCACUGAGUGUUUCACUGUAAACUUGCUGAAAUGCUCUACACCAGAAAUUUGCAAUAAAACCGUAUCAUGUGUAUGUCAAUCAAAUCAUUAUAAGCCGUGUCCAAUGAAAAUAUGCGACAAAGUUUGUAAUGAAAUUAUACAGGAACAUAGGUUCAAAAAUGUGUCGUGGAAUAACACUUCGGCAAACAAAUGGUCAUCCGACCGAUGGGAAAUAGCCAAAUGCUUCUUGCCAUCAGAGGGAUAUAAAGAAACGAAUACUGCCAGGGAAACAGACUUCACAGGAAUCAUAAGCUAUUUGUUGAAUUGCAAACAAUUUGAAAGCAAGUUCUCUUUCUCCAUAUCUCCUAAGAGGCCAUGCCCUCCCUGUCUUCUCACAAAGGCUCGUGAUAUUGGACGAACCGUGUGCCAUUCUCGUCGAUGUAAUGUGACUGAUAAUGCUCUCGAAGACAUCUUCACAACCCUGGCAAAUCUUCUGCAAGAUCUUUCAUCCGAUGUCGAUGCACAGACUGCCGUUGCAAAAUUACAAAAGCUGCUGAAAAAUGAAUUGGAACUUACCACGGACAUAAUUUCAUUACUGAACGCUGCGCACACAGCAUUAAAGAAAACUGAUACUGAACAAUCACUUGAAGAGAUGAAUGUUUUUGUAACGCAUUGCAAACAAGAAACAGGACGCAAAUCGUCCAAUAUAGACGAGCCAAACAAUCAACAAUCCUGCCAAAAUCUGAUGGAUCUUUUGAAGAUACAUUAUAAACAAACGUUUGGUCAUAUACCGAUAUCCGCACUAAUUGAGAGCGAAGACGAAAAAUUUAGUGACAUUUAUAUAACGCCUAAUUUGCACUUGAUGAGCCAGACAACGUUAAGAAACACAGAGAAGCAAGUUACAAAAUACAAAGACCUUUUGGUUAAUGAUGACAAAUCAUAUUCGCAUAUAUUUAUACAAGGCGAGGCUGGGUCUGGGAAGACAACUUAUUGUGCAAAACUAGUGCUGGACUGGUGUGAACCUACAACCAAAACCGAGUAUCCUAAAAAAUGCAACAGUACUGAAUCGCGCAGCAAAAAUGAAGACCUUGAUUUUAAUGAUGUACAUGUUUUGAAACAAUUUAAGUUCGUGUUUUACGUUGCUUUGAGGAGGUCAUUGGAACAGAAUGAGAUCACACGGAUGAUUAGAGAACAGCUAAUUGACCUGAUAUACGCGUCUGAUGAAGACCGACAGCAAGCGUAUGCACUUCUUGACACGAUUUUGAAAACAGAAAUUUGUUUGAUAGUCCUGGAUGGUCUAGAUGAAUGGGUUGAUCAUGAAGGAAAAUACGCUCUACCGAUACUUCCAAUCUCAUAUCGAGAAUGUACUAUAUUAAUUACAACUCGACACUGGAAACUUGCUGAAGGAAAAGUUAAGAAAUCUAAAAUUGGUAAAUUGAUGGAACUGAAAGGCGUUAAGAAUCCUGACAAGGUUUUUAAAAAUAUUUUAGGCCGCAUAUUCAAAGGAAAGCAAGUGGACGAAAAGUACUCUCAAUUUUAUGAGUUCACGCGAAACAAAAAACUAAGAAAAUUAUUUGCUUUUCCGAUCAUGUUGGGGCUUAUCGUUUGCUCGUGGGCAGACGGUUUACUACGUGAAGGGACUCAGUGUGAAAUAUACAGUCUCAUUCUCGAUUGUCUUCUAAAAAAAGUAACAUAUCAAGAUAACAGAGCAACAUUUCAGACAUCAACUUUCUCAUGUUUCAGAGGAACUCAGUAUUUGAAACCAAAUAUUGAAGUGAUUGAUGUACUUUCAAAAGUGGCAUUUCAUUUGUUGUUUGACGAACAAAAGGAAUACUCGCUCAUUUUUACCAAUCAACAGUUGUUGAAGUACUGUGUAUCAAAUGAACAAACUUUGUUCGGUUUAAAAUCAGGAAUUCUUUCGGAAAUGAAACAAUCAUCACGAUCGCGACUAUCAUCCUUGUUUUCUUUUAUCCAUAAAAGUGUCCAAGAAUUCUUAGCUGCAUAUUAUAUCUCCAGCAACGUUAACGUCAUUGACACCGUCAUAAAUAAAUAUUGUAAUCGUGAUGACACAGAGAGGAGCGACACAUAUCAAGUUUUUGUAUUUGUGUGUGGUAUGAAUACCUUGGCUGCAAAUAAGAUGUCUGCGUUAAUGGCCGAACAUGAUGAUACACCGGAUAUGCAUUGGCAGUUCGAUACUUAUGGGCGUAUUACUUUGAACACAACGCUACAAGAGAUUUUGCUGGAUGGCUAUCAAGAGGCCCAGGUCCAUCAACAUACAGAUAUUAACCUGCAACUAAGUCAUUUUGUGUUUAAACAUGGGUUGUUUCUUUCAGAAACCACUCGUAAUAUAGCAGCAUUACAUCAUAUCUUCACAAGCACAAAUUCGUCAGUGGUUCAAGAAUUAGUAUUAGACAUUGCAAACUAUGGCUAUGCUAAUGCCGAGUAUCGUGUUACAAUCUUACCUCAACCCGAGUCUUUUAAAGUCAAUAGAGAUGGUAGAUGUACCAUUUGUUUGCCGUUUAACCUGUCAUCGUGUCACAAGCUUAAAAGAUUGUAUAUCAAUCGCACGGUAACAGUUUUACCAGGAGCACUAUUAGGACUAAAGCUGCUGAAAGAAUUGUGCAUUUUGUGUACAUAUAAACAACUGGAUUUGUCAGCGUUUCAACAACUUGAGUUAUUACAUACAUCGCAUGAUGUCACAUUAAUACCGGACUCCUUACGAUCUCACAAUAAAUUAAAACAAAUAAAAGUAACAAAUGUUGAGCAAGAAUGUAGACAAAACAUUGUUCGGACAAAGUUUCUAUUAGACGACACCGACCUCGCACAGUUUGGGAGCUUCUUCCCAAUUCCAUACUUAAUAGAAAGCAUUGAGAUGACUGAUAUUGACUGUUCACCUAUUUUACUACGCAGUCUAUUGAACGCAAUGUUGGACCUCAAUCGUCGUGUCAAUCUUAAAAUCCAGACAAAAUACCUUGGGACAAGAACAUCAAUGACCUUUACAGCGAAUAGCGGUUAUACAAUGGAAAUGGAUACUUGUUAUUCAGACUGGUCUAAAGCUAUACGUGGAUUGCAUAUUAAACGCCUUAAUCUAGACGUAGGUGAGAAAACGGCUGGAUGUUUGAACUUCGAUGUGCUACUGCUGAAUACAAUAAAGUCCCUUGUCUAUUUGGAGACGUUAAGAAUAGAAAUGAAAUAUUUUCUACGAACAAUUGAGCUACCAUCCUCCUUAAAAGUUUUGAUUUUAGAAUAUCACGAAGUAUCAUCAUCUGAACUCUGCUGUAUGUUGGAGAAAUUGUAUUCUUUAAACCGGACGAUGAAAUGUUGGCUUAAGAUCGGUUAUCUACAUAUGCAUAUUUACUAUCCAGUGACAAAAUAUCAUGACGACUUACGGCAACGCGGUUUACUGGCACAUGUUACACAGUAUCGCAUACAUGGUGACACCAAUCCCGAUACAACUGAUGAUGAUUCUGAAGAUUAUGACGAUGGACCGACCUUCGAGAUGGUGUCUCGGAAUAUCAAACAUUACAUUUCAAUGCGACUCCAGUGUCAACGCUAAGUGCUAAUAAAGCGCGCAACCUUUCCGCUUUAAUGACGAUGGACCGACCUUCGAGAUGGUGUCUCGAAAUAUCAAACAUUACAUUUCAAUGCGACUCGAGUGUCAACGCUAAGUGCUUAUAGAGUGCACAACCUUUCCGCUUUAAAAUUUGAUGAGCUAAUUUUGUGUGCUUAAUUAACCCGACUUAAUUAUAACUAGAAAACGGAUACGUGAUUGUUCAUUCGUUUGAUAUUUAUUUGCGCAUGUGAUAGUUUCAGUUAUUCGAAUUUUUCAGAAUUGUUUUGCUGAUCCAGUAUGAUUGUGUGGUACUAUUCAACAGUCUGUGGGCAUAACAAUACUUCUUAUGUACUAAAUUGUCAUUUCUCUUUAUGCGGCAAAGGAAUCGUUGGAAUAGCAAUUUAGUUAUGAACUACACAAAUAUUGUUUGAUAAUCAAAGAUAUAUUGCGUUGCUUGCAAGUUAUACGGCUGUUAUUGUUAGAGAUCAGCCUUUUUAUUCAAAUAUAAAUAAAACACCAAGUACAAUGUACUGAAACGAUAAACCGGAUGCAAUUGAACUUUUAAAUUAACUCUAGCGACACAUUUCAGAGAAAUGUUUGAGGCAAGGGUAACUAGUGCUUCGAAAGCCAUUUUUUGCGAGAAAACAUGUACCAGAGCUGUAAUAUGAAGGACAAGAGCAGCGCAUAACGGGUGCCAUGCUCGGCUGCAAAAGCUUGUCAGAAUAUUUUCUUUAGAGGUCACAGUGACCUCGACCUUUGACCUAGUGACCCAAAAUGGAUGUGGCGUGUAUAACUCAUCAAUAAGCAUCUACAUAUGAAGUUUCAAAGUUGUAGUGGAAUCACUUUGAUUUGAGAGCCAAUGUAAAGGUUUUAACACGACGCCGGCGGACGGCGGACGACGAGCAGGCUAUGACAAUACAACGGGUUUUCUCCGAAAACAGCCUCGCUAAGAAUUAUGUAUAACCAGUCGCAUACUUGUUUUAUAUCUUCGAAAAGUUGUAAGCAAGGCCUAGUUGGGUUAACGUUUGCAUUCGACUUCAUAUUCUAGUUUAUAAACCCUGACGGUGAGGCGUAUUGUUUUAGAAAAUUAAACCAUAAGAACAUACAUUUAAUUUACUUAUCGCAGAGGCAUUAUUUUGAACAAUAUUUCUAAGCGGUUGAUUUAGUUCUGUUUUUUUAUACUGAGGUGCUUGCAUUUAACACCAUAUCCUACAGACGAAGACAUAUAAUUGCAUCGUUGAGAAGGUUAAAACUAUACCACCUUGUAUUGAAGUGGAAAUCUAGUGUAAAAUAAAAAAAAUAAUUGUAUUCUUAUUCUAUAAGUAAUAUUUUAGUAUACGUGAGUAUGAAAGAGUAACUAUAAUGAUCUAUGUAUACAUCGUUGUUAAAUCAAUAGUGCUUUUGUUAUCCGUGAAGUAAUUCAGAAUGUAUAAGUAAAAUGUUAAAAAAAACAGUCUUAUUCAGAAUAGUUCUUGAACGAUGUAUUAUAUUUGUGGAAUGAAGGAUAACUAUUUGAGCCGUGUUCUGAGAAAACUGGGCAUAAUUUGUGUGCGUAAAGUGUCGUCCCAUAUUAGCCUGUGCAGUCCGCACAGGCUAAUCAGGGACGACACUUUCCGCUUUUAUGGUAUUUUAAGUUUCAAGGAAGUCCCUCCUUACCGAAAAUCAAGUUUAGUCGGAAAGUGUCGUCCCUGAUUAGCCUGUGAGGACUGAACAGGCUAAUCUGGGACGACAUUUUACGCACAUGCAUUAUGCCCAGUUUUCUCAGAACGCGACUAAUUUCAUUCAUGUAGUUGUGUUUAUCUGUCCUUACUUGAUUUGCAUGUGAAUAAGUUAUCUGAAAAAAUAUGUAUGCGGCAUUUGAACAUAAAAAACUAUUCAGAUGUAUACAAUGAAUACCAAUUUAUAUUUGAGGUUGUAUGCAGCAAAGAUCUAUAUAUUAUGUUUUGUGGAUUUUGUUUGUGCAUGUUUUUGCAAUCAUCACGUUAUAAGGGUUUUACAUGUUACACACAAUAUUUUGUGAAUAUAGAAUUUUGGCUGUUUGAUAUUUUAUUAUAUGCUUUAAAGGUUAACGAAUAAUCGCCUCUAUCUUUUAAUUAAUGUAUACAUGUCGUACAAAACAAUGUUUAUGUAAAUAAUAAAAGCGAGAAAGAC